GAGGAGGAGGACGACGACGAGGAGGAGGGGGAGGGGGAGGAGGGAGGAGGGAGGAGGAGGGAAGAGGAAGAGGGAGGAGGAAGGAGGAGGAAGGCGGAGGAGGAGACCCAGGAAGCUCAUCAGAAAGCUGGAGGCCUCCUGAGCCUCCCCGGGAGGGCCCGCACCCCCCUCUGGGCCUCCCCCUGGGCGCGCCGCCGACUACGGCCGGAGCGCGUGCCGGCAAGGACUCCUCGGGAGGAGGGGCCGAGGCGUGGGGCCGCCUGGGGUCCUCGUGCGCGGAGGCUGCCAUUGAGUCUCUGCAUGGGGGGCCUCGAUGCUGUCUCCAUCCCCACCCGGAGCCUCACCAACUGUUGUUCACAGUGAUUCGAAUGGAGGCGUGCGACUGCUCCUUCCGCAGGUCCACCUGCGGAAGCCUUGAGUUACGGCUUCUCCGUCCUCUCAGUGAUCAGGUUCACGAAACUUUCCGCAAGCCGGUCCAGGAAGUGGACACUGCAGCAGUCCGAAUUAUUCGCCGGCGCCGAGCCCGACGGGGGGCCGACUGCCAGAGGCCGGCUCGGGGCGAGGGCCGCAUCGGCCGCGGGGCGCUGCUCAAAGGACCCCCGAUGAGUAUUGGCUGCAUGACGCCUGGUGGGAAAGCCCGGGCCGCCGAAAUCCGAGUUGGACCCGAAGUAGCGUGGCGGCUCCAGCAGAAAAAAGCUUCGGAGCCGAGCGCGGCGUGGGCGUGGCGGGACCGAGGUCCCGAGGGCCGCCUCUCGGCGCGUGCGCGGUCCCUGCGGCAACUCAUGGAAUCCCCGCGUGUUGUCUUGCUGGCUCUUACGCUAAACCGGGCCCCUGAGUUGGUCCGCCCGGAGCGAGCACGUGU